AUGACGGAAAUACUAUCUCUUUUGCCCGUGAAACCUCUCAUGCAAUUCAGGUGCGUCAACAAGUUUUACAACACUCUCGUCUUUGAUCCCCAUUUCAUUCAAAUGCAUCUCAAGAAUUUCGCACGUAACCCUAACCUCAUGGUAAUUGCACGACAAUAUAAUUUCAAUAGUGUUGAUGACGGUGUUGUAAACUUGCCAAUUUCUCUUUUACUCAAGAAUUCAUUGACCACCAUUUACUACGAUCCUUACUAUCGAUUGACCAACGAAAAUGGCUCCUAUCAUUGGCGGGUUAUAGGUUCAUGUAAUGGAUUGAUAUGCUUGUAUCAUGGUUCACGGCUAUGUUUGUGGAACCCAGCCACUAGAACUAAAUCUGAAUUUGUUUUAGCCUCUCAAGAAUGUUUUGUGUUCUCUUUUGGUUAUGAUAGCUUGAAUGGAAAUAAUAAGCUGGUAGCCUUUAAUAUAACCGUAAAGAGUGGUAAUGCAAGAAGCGUGGUGAAAGUUUUGAGUCUAAAGGAUAAUUAUUGGAGAAAUAUUCAAUGUUUUCCUGUGCUUCCACUUUACAAGUUUGUUCGUACUCAAAAUGGUGUGUAUUUUAGUAGUACUACUAUUAACUGGGCCCUUCAGGAUUACUUUGGUUUAGAUUAUUAUCAUUUAAAUUAUAGUAGUAUUACUCCCGAGAAGUAUGUGAUUCUUUCACUUGAUCUCUCAACUGAGACAUACACUCAAUUGUUGCUACCUCGAGGUUUUAUAAGGUGUCACGUCAUCAGCCAAAGCCUGCGGUUUUGA